GCAUUGGAUCCAGUUUUAAGGACUUAACAGAGGUGGGAUUUAGCUGCAACCUCCAACAUGCCGUCCAAGCCUGCCCCAAUCAAGAAGGCGGCUAAGAAAGAACCCGCCAAGAAGGAGGAGGAGAAGGCUCCAGAGCCGGCCCCUGCACCCGCCCCUGAGGCCGCACCAGAGGCCUCCCCUGCACCCGCUGAGGGCGAAGCUGCACCUGCUGAAGCGGCCCCUGCAGAGGGAGAGGCCCCUGCUGCCCCGCCAGCUGAGGAGCCCAAACCACCCACCCCUCCACCCGCAGAUGCUGAAGCUGCUGAAGCGCCUGCACCAGAGGAGCCUAAAGCACCCACACCUCCACCACCUCCACCCAAAGAGCCCACAAGUGCUCCACUAGAUCUGUUUAUUGAGGAUAAGAAUGACACUUCAGUUACAAUCAUUUGGAGCCAGCCAGAGACCAUUGGACCAACUGGUCUGGAUGGAUACACCAUUGAAGUGUGCAAGGAUGGAACUGAGGACUGGAAAGCAGUCAAUGAGGAUCUGCAGAAGUCCUGCCGCUAUGUUAUCAAGAACCAGACCACCGGUGACCGUCUGAAGAUCCGUGUGGUGGCUGUGAAUGCUGGUGGCCGCAGCCCCCCUGUCGCACUCCCCGAGGCUGUCCUGGUGAAGGAGGUCGCUGAUCGUCCCAAGGUCCGCUUGCCUCGUUUCCUCAGGCAGAGAUACGUCGCUCAAGUUGGAGCUAAGAUCAACCUGACCAUCCCCUUCACAGGCAAACCCAAACCUGUGGUCACCUGGACGAAGAAUGGGCAGCCUCUGGACACAAAGAGGGUGAACAUCCGCAGCACUGAGAGAGACAGCAUCCUGUUUAUCCGUGCAGCUGAGAGAGAUGACUCUGGAGUAUAUGAGAUGUGCCUGAAGGUGGACGACUUCGAGGACAAGGCUUCACUCGUCCUUCAAAUUGUCGAGCUGCCAGGGCCUCCUGCCAGUGUAAAGAUUGUGGAUACCUGGGGCUUCAAUGUUGCUCUGGAGUGGACUCCACCCACCGACAACGGAAACACAGAAAUCACAGGUUACACAAUCCAGAAGGCCGACAAAAAGACUGGAGACUGGUUCACUGUGUUGGAGCAUUACCAUAGACUGAAUGCCACCAUCUCUGACCUCAUCAUGGGCAACACCUACAAGUUCAGAGUGUUCUCUGAAAACAAGUGUGGGAUAAGUGAGGACGCUACUGUUGCAAAGGAGGAGGCUAAGAUCUUGAAGACAGGUAUUGAUUACAAGCCUCCUGAAUACAAAGAACACGACUUCAGCGAGCCUCCCAAGUUCACCACGUCUCUGACUGACAGAGCCACCACUGUUGGCUACAGCACCAAGCUGCUGUGCUCUGUCAGGGGAAGCCCAAAGCCAAAGGUUAUAUGGAUGAAGAACCAGAUGAUUAUUGGAGACGACCCCAAAUUCAGGCAGAUCUGUGUCCAGGGUAUCUGCUCUCUGGAGAUCCGCAAGCCUGGUAACUUUGAUGGUGGUGUGUACUCCUGCAAAGCCAAGAACGAUCUCGGAGAAGCAACUGUCAGCUGCAAGCUGGAAGUCAAACAGCCGGUGGUUGCAGAUGCUGACAAGAAAUAGGUCAACAUUCACAUUCUCACAGGAGCAGAAGGAAUGAGGUCUUUGCGGCAUAAGGAAGGCACUUGGUUCCUGGAAGAACUUGUAUAUAUGGCUGCUGACCACACUACCAAAGGGUUGUUGCCUGUGACCUCUUUCUGAGCGGUAGCCUGUGUUAUGAUGAACAAUUGUUGUGGCUUUAUUCCUUUAUCACUACAUUAUUAGGUCCAUAUCCAUGUCCACAAUCAGCUUUUUCCCCAACAAUUCUCCCACACAGUCUUUGGUAACUAAAUCAUCACAUGUUCCAAAUACUGUAACUCCCUAGUUCAUCAAGUGUAACUAGGUGUACAUCAAGAAUUUUACAACAUGAAUUUACAGUUCCUCAUAGGAGAACUACAUAUAACAUCUAUGUGUUUAUAUCAAUAAAUAAUUUAAUUUCUGGU